GAUAUUCAUGAGCAUCACCCCUCUGGUAUUCUGAUGAGUUGGUUUUCCUCGAUGUGGUUGAUUCAGGGCAGGGCGGGUGUCAUCCUAUAUGCGAGUAUAUAAAUCGUGCGCACCGCGCUCAUUAAUGAAGUCAGGCAGGCAGCGCGCGCGGGAUGUUGUUCUUCACAGUGUUGGUGUUACCGGCUCUGUCGGCAGUGGCGGCGGGGGGUGUUCCCACUUACCGGCGGAUCGAUCCGGUCACCGGACAGGCGCUUCAGUGCGAUCGCUGUGCUCCGGGUUACCGCCUGCGCGCGCACUGCACGAGCUCCCGCGGCACGGAAUGUGUCCCGUGCGGCACGGGUCUGUUCACGGAGUUCUGGAACUACAUCCCGCACUGUUUGCUGUGCGACUCGUGUUCGGAUCAUCAGCGGGUCGUUCGGCCGUGCAACGGAACCGUGAACACGGUCUGUGAAUGUGAGCCCGGAUUCUACUGGGAUCAGCACUUCUGCAAGAGACACACCGUGUGUAAACCGGGUCACGGACUCAAAGCUGCAGGGACGCCACACAAAGACACGGUGUGUGAGCUCUGCGCAGACGGGUGGUUUGCAGACAUCGCAGAAAAGCAUGCAGCGUGCGUCCCUCACAGCGCCUGCGCCGCUGACCAGCUGCUGCUGCAGGGAUCCAGGUGGCAUGACAAUGUGUGUGCAACCUGCGAACAACUCGCAGAGAAAGGUUGGGUGGGUUUAUUAAAGCCGGUUCUGUCCGGUCUGGACAUUCAGUACAACACUCCCAUCACGCGUUUGGAGCGCUUAGUGAACCGCCAUCUGAAAAAGAAACUCCGCAAGAGAGACGUGCUCCGGGUGGCGAAUGGUUCCUCAGAGCUGCUGAACCUUCACAUGGUGAUCGAGGACUCACAUAUGGGUCGCCUCGCUGGCAGAAUUUCACACAUAAUCCAGAAAUUCCAGCAGCAGUGCAGUAACACGACAGCAGUGACAGUAUGAGACGUGAAGCCUUUAAGUCUGAUGUCUUUUGUCUGCUUUGUAAAAUGCAUAAGUGCAUGACACAUGAGCACCCUACUUGACAUUUUCAUUAAAGAUUUCAUUUCAGCUGUUACAGUGAAGAAUGCUGAAUGUGUGACACUCAGAUUGUAUUACAAUGUGUCCUGUCAAUAAAUUUCAAAUGCACUGUUUUCAAGUUUUUGAAGGAGACUCAACUGUUUUGUAAAUAUUACAUAUUAUAAUUUGCACUGAUUUAAUGUUAAGAUUGAUUUCUAUUUAUUGUUCUUUUUUUUCUUUUUUUUGAAAACUAAACUGUAUCAGACUACAAAACACCUCCAUUAAACAGUGAAAAGAG